CCUUUAUGGCAUGAGUUGCAUUUGUGAAUAUACUAGCUGCAGGUUUGAGUUUGUAAUACCCCUUUUUUGUUCCCACAUGGACAAAUUUAAUUUUUAAUUGAUACAGUUUCUUAAUUGCUUUUUUUGCAGGUACUCUUGGAGCAAAAUUCUACUAAAAUAUUUUAUACGGUGAAGAGAACUAAAAAUGGAGUUGCAUUGCCUGAAAGAUUCAUUUGAGCGUGUUAAAAAGAAGCGAAAGGUGUCAUAUUCUAAAACACAUGAAGUUACAGAACUGAUUGUUCAGGAAAUCGAGAUGGUGCAGUCAAGCACCCUUGAAUAUAAAUCCAAACUAGCUGAACUGAAGAAAAAGUUGCAGGAAGUUGCUCCACUCAGUCAGCUAGAAGGCACCCAAAAGAAACUGAACAUAGCACUGAGCAAGUAUCCAAAAGCUCUUGAGAAAGUCCUUAAUCCUGAUAUAUCCAAGGCUUAUCGAAAUGUUGAGUUCGAUUCCCGUGUAGUUAACCAAUUAAUUGCCAGCCAUUUCUAUCGGCAAUGGCUGUUCGAUGUUGGUGAUUGUUUCAUAGUUGAGGCUCAGGAUGUAGAUGCUGCUGCUACUAUGAAAUCACUUUUCCAGGAACUUUAUCAAAUGCUCGAAGUCAUGAAGUGUUGGGACCUGGAGCCUGCCCUAAAAUGGGCGGCUGCAAACUCCAAUAAACUAAAAGAAAAUGGUUCAGACCUUCAGCUGAUACUCCAUCGUUUACAGUUUUUGAAAAUACUUAAAAAGGGAAGCAGAGAUGAAGCUCUCAAGUAUGCGAGAACCAACUUUGUUUCUUUCGCCGGAAACCACAUGGCCAAAAUCCAGAAUCUCAUGGGGUGUCUCCUGUAUCCUGAUAGACUUCACGAUUCCCCAUAUGCUCAUUUAUUAUCACUUACCAAUUGGGAUACAGUGACUGAGGAACUCACCAGGCAGUUCUGCAAUCUUCUGGGGCAAUCAUAUGAGAGCCCAUUGAGUGUCACAAUAGCAGCAGGAAUCCAAGCAUUGCUACCUCUUCUCAAGUUUAUGACUGUUAUGGCAGGAAAGAAGCACGAAUGGCAAUCGAUGAAGCAGUUGCCUGUGCCGGUCGAUUUGGGCAAGGAAUUUCAAUUUCAUUCGAUAUUUGUCUGCCCCGUAUCCAAGGAGCAAUCAACCGAUGACAACCCGCCAAUGCUGAUGUCGUGUGGUCACGUGCUUUGCAAACAGUCUAUCAACAAGAUGUCAAAUAACGGCUCGAAAAGUUUCAAGUGCCCAUACUGUCCAACUGAUAUCAAUUCGAAACAUUGCAGGCAACUGAUUUUCUGAUUAAAACCCUGAUAUGAUAAUGGGUUUAUAUUAAAAAAACAGUUUCCUUUAGACUGAACCGAAAAUGCGGCGAACUAGAAAUCGUUGCGAUGUG